AAAUCAUUCUCAUGGCAGCUUUGUUAUCUUCAGGCAGAGAGAGAGAGAGAGAGGAAUAAAGUAGGAAGACGAAUGGGAGAAAAGAGAGGUUGUGACAAGGAGAGCAAGGGAAAGAGGGGGAGAAGAAAGGUGGCAUCUUUACCUCCUUUUUCCGCUUCUUCUCUUGGGAUCAGCUUCCUCUCCCGCUUCGUCUUCUCGAUUUCCCCCUGCGUGUAGCUGUGCCUUCUCGAUUUAUCUCCUACCUCUGCUCCUCCGUCGAAGGGUGUCUUGUGGGUGAAGUAACUCCACUGCAUCUGUUUGUUUAUGCUCAUCGUGUUCUUUCGAUCGGUUCUUAUCGACGAAAUUUUGUCCAAGUUGGGAUUUUGAGAUCAAAGGGAAGGCUUUGCCGGAUGAUGAUGACGAGUUAUGUGGAUGUUCUUCCUCGGAGUUCCCACUGCACGAACUGGUUCGUCGCCGAGGUAAGCUGCGGGAGCGGGUGGUGGACACAGGAGGAGAACAAGCGCUUCGAGGACGCGCUGGCCGAAUUCGACGGCGACUCCCCGGACCGCUGGGAAAAGGUGGCGGCUUUGAUCCCGGGGAAGUCGGUGGGAGACGUGGUGAGCCAUUACCGGGAAUUGGUGGACGAUGUGACCGAGAUAGAGGCCGGGCGGAUCCCGUGCCCCGUCUACCAUGGGGCUUCGCCUUUUACACUGGACUGGGAGAACAAUUACGAUUCGGAAGGUUGGAAGAACUCGUACUGUCUCAGCGGCGGCAAGCGAUCCGGCCGCCGAGCUCCAGAUCACGAGAGGAAGAAAGGAGUCCCGUGGACCGAAGAGGAGCACAAGUUAUUUCUGCUUGGAUUGCAAAAGUAUGGGAAAGGAGAUUGGAGAAACAUAUCGCGGAAUUUGGUGAUCACCAGGACCCCUACGCAAGUGGCGAGUCAUGCGCAGAAGUACUUCCUCAGGCUUAAUUCUGGCAGCAGAGACAAGAGAAGGUCCAGCAUUCAUGACGUUACUACAGAUGAUCUGCCAAAUAGUAGGCCUCCCUCACCAUCAUCAUCUCAGCCAUGUACAAUUGCCACACAGUCAAGCUCAGCUAUGGCGCCUGCAUCGUCGUGCCAGUUCUCUGAAACUGCUGUUUCAGAUCAACAAAGUAGCAUGUGUCUUUGAUCCAUCAUCUGAUUCAUCACAUAGGAAUCGAUUCACCAUUUGAACCGACUCCAUGUGUGAUGAAGUUUCUACCUCCAAUUUCACAUAAUGGCAAGUGUGAUCAAGUUACGUUUGUUCACUUGGAUUGAGAUCAAAAGAAAAGUCUGGAUCUGCUUGAAUUCUGGCAAAGGUUGAUGAUGCAGAUAUUUAGUCUCUCCGAAAGUCUAUGGUAGAAGCUUAAUUUUUCUUAUCUGCACAUAAUGUCAUUCUUUCUGUAUGGAACUCAGGAGUGCAACUACAGCAAGGUUAUAUCCUGAUGAAACUUCUUAUUUAUCAUCAAAAUGCUCCAUGCUGAGAUUGAAUUCAUAGCUA